AUGAGUCGCAAUUUCUUCCCUGUGGUCAUGGCUAUUGGUAUCGGUGUCUUUACUGGCUACUACACCUUCCAGCCUACUUUCCAACAGAUGGCGGUCGAAAAGGAUCAAUUUCCUCAGCAGCAACAGUCUCCCGGUAUUCCUCAGAAGGAGACUAAUGCGCCUGCCAAUACCGCUACCGAAGGCUCAAAGGCCGAGGCUCAGGGCAGCAAGUGA